UUUUAAUUUAUCGGCAAAGGUCGAUGAUAAAACAGCUUUUAUUCUUGUUCGAAAUUUAAAAUUUUAAAAAUUCCCAAGCUCGUGUUUUUUGUGGAAACAUGUAAUGCAUAAACAAAAGACUGCAUGGGAGUUGACUGUAAAGUUUUAUUGUAUAGUUUAUAGUAAUUUUAUAGCGUAAACAGGUUUUGCAUAGGUCAGUGCCUCGCUAAGUGUCAGUUCACAUAGGAUGCGCUAGGUUGCUGCAUGUAAUGAAAAUGGACCGGCUGCCUAUACUGAUUUGCAUAACAGCACUUACAUUUGUAAUACACUGUAACGGAGAAGGAGAAACAGUGUUAUCAACUGUAUUGACUCCAGAUGAAAAAUCUCUACUGCGCCAAGGAAGAAGCUAUUACGACCGUUAUGGAUACGGUCGACCCUACGACAGAUUAGAUGACAGACCAAGAUGCGGCCGAUGUGAUGAGGAUGAUGACGACGAUGAUGAUGAUUACGAUAGAGGCCGCGGCAGAGAUGACGACAGACGGUCUAACAGACCCACAUACGGCAGCAGAAGCGACAGAAACGAUAGAAACAAAUACGACGAUGACGACAACAGAAGAUACGACGACAGGAAUGAUAGGAACAACAAAAACAGCACUGAUGACAAUGAUGACAAAAGGCAACAUGAUGACAAAGACGAUAGGCCUCAUCGUAGAAGAAACAAGAACAGAAAUAGAUAUGAUGAUAGAGAUAGAUAUAGGCCCGAUUAUUACGACCGAUUUCUGAGAGAUCCCUACAGAGAUAGAUAUGAUGACCCUUAUUAUAGGCGACCUGGAUAUGAUAGAUAUUACCCGGAUAGAUAUGAUGAUUAUGGCAGAGAUGGAUAUUAUUCAUAUUCGGAUUAUACACGGCCUUUGUAUGAGGAUAGAUACAAUAGAGGUGGUUAUUUAGACAGGGGUGGAUAUUCGGAUGGUUAUGGAGGAUAUGGACCGGGCAUCGGACGUGGACCUCAUGAUAGUUUCCGCCCUUGGGAUGAGACGUACCGUGGUCAAGCGGGCUGGGACUCGGCCGGGCGCGGGUACUACUUCGCUUCUGGACGCCCUGACUCCACUGUUUAUGGUCAGCAGCAAUAUGCCAGGCCUGUGACAACUGGUGGCAGUUAUCAGAACGUCGGAUACUCUUCCGGCUACAGCGGAGGGUACAGCGGAUACAGGGACCCGGGAUACCGUGGCUCCGUGUACGCGGGAGGAGGAGGAUACCAGGAUGUGGGCGGGUACGGCCAGUCCAGCGGCUGGCGUAAUGUUGGAGAGAGAAGACCUUAUAGAGAUCAGAGCGGUGUCGCCCAUUUGGACUCUAAGGUCACCCAAGUUCAGGACACUACAUACGACCGCUACGGCCAGAACCGACCGAGCUACCAGCCCACCUACGCGCCACAACCAGGGAGCUCCUCACCAACACCCGGCACCAGCUACCUCUUCCAGAGAGAUGAUGAGGUGGUCACACAGCAAGAGACUACUGUGUCUCCAACAUGAACUGAACUUGGACUACUGAAUCUACUAAAUAACUCAAAACCAAUGCUUUUGCAGUAUUUGCCUAUUCAGUUCGUAGGCAAUGAUAUCUUAGAAUCUUAUCUUUUAUACAAUUUCAUUUGUUCAUAUUAGGUUUAGUAUUUUAGUAAAUAUGUCUGUGUGUAUUUAUACAUUAUAUAAGUAUUUAUAUGUAGUAUAUAUUUGUAUAUUAAUAUUAUAAUAUCAACCAUCUUAGUACCCAUAACACAAACUACUCUGUAUGCUUACUUUGGAGCUAGAUAGUGAUGUGUAUUGUAUAAGUAUAUUUAUUUUUUAUUUUUAAAAAAUAAUCAUGAAAGAAGAAUUGAGGCUAUUUUAAUAUUUAAAGUGAUCUUAUUACCUAUUACCUUUAAAAAUUAUUGCAUAUUAAUUGUUGUACUGUGUAGUGUUUGUGUCUACUAAAUGUAUGUAGUGUAGUGUAGGUAUCUAUCUAUUUAGUGGACACAAACACUACAUACUGUAUCUAAAUAUAUGAGAAACCGGAGUUUGUGUCACGCUAUAUGAAUUUUCUUUGUUGGGACCUUCAUCUAAAUUCCAUCCUUCGCCACUGUUACCUACCUUUAGACUACAUAUUAUAAGUCCUUUGUGUACAUUUCCAGUAUAAUUCAUUUCGGGCAUAUUACGUGAUGUAUCUAACUUUAAGUUUUACCUUUUGAAUUAUAUUAAGUGAAUAAAUUAGAUUAAGAACGUU